AUCGUCCGGCAGGAGAGACUGCCAUUUUGCACAGUGACAGCUUGCUAAAAUUUUUAAAGUGUUACACCAUUACUUAUUUACACCUGUAGUUGAGAAUUAUUGUCAUCAAGUACAGUAUAUUUCAUACUGUAAGCAGACGUCCAAGUCGGCAUUUUGUUUUUAAGCACACGUCAAGUUAAUUGUGGCGUAAAAACACGGAGUUGAAGUGCAAGGCUCUGGAUGGAUAGUCUGGACCCUGAAACACUAUAUGUGUCUCCAGAUCAGACUGGACAAAGCCCCGACCCCCUUCCUACUGUGGAGGUUCCCAGCUUGGCCUUGGGGGGUGGGAAAAAGAUGAAUGGGUCUCUGGAUCACCCGGACCAACCAGAUGUGGAUGCCAUCAAGAUGUUUGUGGGCCAGAUCCCACGGUCCUGGUCUGAGGAUCAGCUUCGGGAGCUGUUUGAACCUUUUGGAGCCGUCUAUGAGAUUAAUGUUCUCCGAGAUCGAAGUCAGAAUCCACCACAGAGCAAAGGCUGUUGUUUUAUAACUUAUUACACUCGCAAAUCAGCCUUGGAGGCACAGAACGCUCUGCACAACAUGAAGAUUCUGCCAGGGAUGCACCAUCCGAUCCAGAUGAAACCUGCUGACAGUGAAAAAAACAAUGCAGUUGAAGACAGAAAGCUGUUCAUUGGAAUGAUCUCCAAGAAGUGUAACGAGAACGACAUUCGCCUGAUGUUUUCACCGUAUGGACAGAUAGAGGAGUGUCGGAUACUCAGAGGCCCCGACGGACUCAGUCGUGGAUGUGCGUUUGUGACGUUCACUGCUCGACAGAUGGCCCAGUCAGCGAUCAAGUCUAUGCACCAGUCCCAGACCAUGGAGGGCUGUUCUUCACCCAUUGUGGUGAAAUUCGCAGACACUCAGAAAGACAAGGAGCAGAAACGCAUGGCUCAACAGUUACAACAGCAGAUGCAGCAGCUCAGCGCUGCGUCUAUGUGGGGAAACCUGACGGGGUUCAACAGUCUGGGGCCACAGUAUUUAGCACUUUACUUACAGUUGCUGCAGCAGUCAGCCUCCACAGGAAAUGCACUCAACAACCUGCACCCCAUAUCAGGUCUUAAUGCCAUGCAGAAUCUGGCCGCUUUAGCAGCAGCAGCGACCGCCACACAGGCCACGCCCACAGGCUCCAGUGCCAUGACGACAUCAAGCAGCCCAUUAAGUGCACUAACAAGCUCAGCAGGCUCCUCCCCCACCUCCAGCAGCACCUCCUCCGUCAACCCCAUGACGUCCCUGGGGGCUCUGCAGUCUCUGGCUGCUGGUGCUGGAGCCGGCCUUAACAUGGGCUCCCUGGCAGGAAUGGCUGCGCUGAAUGGAAACCUGAGCUCAGGAGGUUUGUCCAACGGCUCCGGUAGCACCAUGGAGGCUCUGAGCCAGGCGUACUCGGGCAUCCAGCAGUACGCCGCCGCCGCCCUGCCCAGCCUCUACAACCAGAGCCUGUUGUCCCAGCAGAGCAUCUCCGCCGCCGGCAGCCAGAAGGAAGCCAGAGAAAGUCGCAGCACCGGUCCAGAAGGUGCCAACCUGUUCAUUUACCACCUGCCCCAGGAGUUUGGAGACCAGGACCUGCUCCAGAUGUUCAUGCCCUUUGGAAACGUCAUCUCAGCUAAGGUCUUCAUCGACAAACAAACAAACCUCAGCAAGUGUUUCGGCUUUGUGAGUUACGACAACCCGGUGUCGUCGCAGGCGGCCAUCCAGUCGAUGAACGGCUUCCAGAUCGGCAUGAAGAGGCUGAAGGUGCAGCUGAAGCGUUCAAAGAAUGACAGCAAGCCCUACUGAAGGUGCUGGGGCACUGCAGACUUAGUUAGGAGGGGUGGUCUUAUGGUAAGUGGAGUAAAAAUAACAAAGACUGGUCCACUCAGAAACUUGUCUGUGCAUUACAGGGUCUGCUGCGCCACCUCCUGGUCAUCAUAACAUGUCCAGGCAAAGAGACACACGAAGCUACGUAAAAGAGUUUUCAAGACAGACUGGGUUCUUACUGUGCUCUGUUGUGGUUUAUGCACUUAUGCACUGUUUUCCUUCUAACAAACCAGAAAACAGACGUAUUUACAUUUAAGUUGGAAUCACUUCUUCAGUUUGCUGUGGUAGACUAUACACAUAUGAGUUAAUUGUUAGGAUGUGUUGCACAUGGACAGUCGGUGCCAAGACCAUCUGUUUUUAUUUCCUGUUCAUUUCCCCCACCCCCCACCACCCACCACCCACCACCCACCCAUUAAAGCAGGCUACAGCUGGAAUAGACAGAGCUAGACUUAAUUAGUACGUAAAUAAAAUUACGUUUGGUUUUUUUUUUCUUUUUACAAAUGCAAAAUGUGAAAACUUUAAGAUUUGAUCACCAAAUAUACAGAAUUCGAUUACUCAUUAAGGAGGAUCUCUGCCAAAACAUGCAGGUAGCAUUAAGACUCAUCCUGUGUUUGUGUGUUUGUGUAUCACAUAUGGUCGUGACAGUAAAUCACCCCAUCGACGCUGCGAUGGUUGGAUUCUGUUCCACAGCUAAAGUUACAAGUCAUUUGAAGGAAAACUUAAGGUUUUGUGAAUCUGCUGUAUUUCCCUUAUAAGUGAUAUUGCUACCUCCAUCGUAAAGAUUCAGGAAAGACCCGACAAAUUAGUCUCUUGUUAUUAUAUUUACUAAAUAUCUCUGUCCACACGUCAACAAAAAACUGACUCCAAACGUGUCCAACAUCUGGUCCUGUCCAUAGUUGUUGUUGUCCAACCUGUGGACACCGUGGAUAACAGUGGACGUAGCAGACGCAGAGGCUUUAAUCUGUCAUGAAGGUGAAGCAGCAACAAGUUCAGUCAUAAACAUGUUUCCUUAAGUGUUGGCUGUGGAAGUUUAUUCUUUACAUGAUGUGGAUUUGUUCAUAACACCGGUCCCAUCUGGUCUGGUCCGUCUCCUAAAGGUAUCGGUGCUGACCUCAAUGUAGUACAGGUCAAACACGGAUUUUUAUUUAUACACCUGGGUUUGAUGUUUCAGGUGCAGCUUCAUCUCACGAACACAUAAAAGACAUGAACAGAAUGGGCUGAAAUGACAUCGAUUAACUAUCUGUAUGUUUUCCAUGAACAAACGAAUACAUGCGGUCAGUAUUUGCAACCGUUUACAUGGAGAGAAGAGGCCCAGACAUAGAGAGUACAGGUUUCAUGCCCAGUUAUCUAAAAAAGGAGUGAUGUCUUUAUUGCCAUAUGAGUGUUUGAACUUUUCCGAACCCCGUUAUCUCUGAGUUUGGUUUGAUCUGACUUGUUGUUGCGUGACCUUUACAUGUGGCCUCUGUUCUAAAGCUACACACACACACACGGACGAACUGUGUUUUAUACAAACACACACACAGACUGGAAUUGACAUCUGUAUUAAAUAGGUUUUAUUUUUAUACUUUGAGCAACAGAAAUAUUGCAUUUGUAGUCUUUGCGCAAAUAUGGCGACGUAAUGACAUGGAAGUGCGGGCGUUUGUGCAUGUUUUGGUGGUUCUCCUCCUGUGCUGCUCACAUUCUUCUGAGAUAGUACUAAUGUGUAAUUCUCUGUAUAAAUGUGAUGGCUGAAGUUGUUUCUACUUUGAAUCCAGGUGUUUUGUAAAACAUUCAUCAAUGUCCCUCAGCAACUGUCCAGCCAGCUAGCUGCUAGCUGAUCCAUAGAGGGCUACACCACUACGUCUGCCAUUGAAUAUCUUCAGUAAUUGAAGGAUUCUUAUAAAUGUCUAAAUGCUUAAGAGAUCGUGUUAGUUGCUUAGACUUCCAGGAAAUUGUGUUUUUAAUAGAACUAGGAAGUGUGAAAUUUGUGGAGAUGUGUAUUGAAAACUACUCUGCCUUUUCUAUUUUUAUAUAGGUUUUAUACUUCUCCUGUGUGUUGGGGAACUAUUUAUUGCCUAAAUUAUUUAUCUGAAUUGAAAAUGUUUUGAGAGACAAAUGUGAAGUCCAACGACCCCUCUUUAUCUCCUGGUGUGUGUUCUUUCCUCGUCUACUUAGUGUUGUUUUGUUGUAGUGUGGGUGCUAUCAGUAUAGCAUGAACUGUGUGUUUGUUUCCAUCAGUGCUGCCGAGUUCAAUCAGCCUCCUUUCCCGUUUUCACAUGCCUUACUAUGAAUAUGUAAUGUUGUUUGAAUAAAAGUGGACACAGGGAGCAAAGUUCAAUGAAGAAUCAUCUGUCCCAUGUGCCUAUAAUGACAGAGGUCACUAUCUGGAAAAAGUCGGCCCAGACUUUUUUUCUAAUCCUAAAACUAGUUUCUAAACUGAUUUCAGGUCUGUGUCCAAAAUGAAAGAGUCUGAAAUGUGACAGUGUUUGUAAGUGCAGUAUAUCGUCACAUCGCUUCAGGUUUAUUGACAUGAAACCAGCUGAAGUUCACCUGUUUCAUGUAAAGCAGUAGAAUGCUGUCUGUAUGGUAACGCUGGAACUGUGUCAGUGUAUUACAGACAAAAAGCAUUCUCGCUGUUGCACAGAAAUUGUAGUUUAUCAGAGAAACUGAUCCGGCAGAGUUGUAAUUCAGGAUUACUUGAUGAACUCUGUCGAACUAAAGCACAAAGUGGACGGUCAGUUAUGAUAUUAUAGCUGUUUAUGCAGUUUUAUGGCCUUGAUGAUGAUGAUCCAAACUGAAACUUUUAAGUGUCCAGUUAAACCAUACCAGGGGAAGAAUCUGUUUACAUGAAAACAGGAGAUAAACAACCCUUAAUUUUCAUUAUUGUUAAAUCUGAGUAAUGUGUGCAGUCAUUGACACAUCAGUAUUAUUGAGUGUGUGAAUCUCUGUUACAUUUUUGUAUUAUUAUUAUUAUUAGACGACUGAACAAUAUUAUUUUCAUCCUUCAUAUUCUUGACAACUUGUUUACCAUCAGUAAAAUUUUAAUUUUGCUGUACCUGUUUCAGAAAUGAUUGAUGGAAUAUAAUACACUUUACAUGCUUACUUUACCUGAAUACGUUACAAGUCAGAUUAAACGAUGCAACUGAUAAUCUG